UUACAUCUUACGUAAGAGGCGCGAAUUACGAAUUUGAAUUAAGAUGGAGACUGGUGUUUCAUCAAAGAUUCCUUCCGUUUACAAAGUUAAAUUGGAAUAUUCGACGUUUGACGAAUUAUUAACCGUUUACGACGAAGAAAUACUGAAAGAUGUUUAUACGAGCGGCGUGGAAGCUGCUAUGAUCGAUUAUAUUACGCGAACCAUCGAACCGGUUGGAUGGUCAGCUGUUUGGAGACCUCAAAAAUAUUCUGGCCUGUCACUCGAUUAUGACUUUAUCGUUGAGGUGAAAGAUGUCAGUUUGCAAAAAUUAGAAGCAGAAGUUAAAAUUUUGAGUGCUUUGAAUAGUUCGAAAGAAGAAAUUUCCAAUUUAAAUUGCAUUCCAGAAUUAGAAAAUUUAAUAAAAUUAAAAAACUUUGUUGAUGUCCCAUUAAUAGAACUUUAUCCAAUAAGCGAAGGAGAUGAUGAUGAAUUAUACCUUAAAACUGCUAUUGCUAUCGAACAUGUAAGAUUUUUUUAUAAAUAUAUAUGGAGACCUUGGGAUGAUGAUGAUGAUGAUUAUAAAUUUGUUGAAAAGUAUUUAAAAACAAGAUUGAAGUUUUUUUUUGAUGUAAAAAAUAAAGUUGUAACAGAAGAUGUUAUUGAAAGUGCAAAUGAAAUUUUAACUGAAGGAUUUGAGAUUAAACAAAAACUAGAAAACUUAAGAAAUAACAUGAAUGUUAGUGAUUCAGAAUCCGAACUUAGAGAAGAGGAUGUCGUAGAAACUUUACAACUCCAAACAAAAUUUGAAGAAUUGCAGAAAAAAAUGGAAAUGCUUGAAAAUCCUAUAAUCAGGACAUUAGUAAUAAAAAAAGAUUUAUAUCAAAAAACUUACAUAGAAAAUCAAGAUCAAGUUGAUCCUGUUACACAUGUAGUUGGCGAAAAAUUUGAUAAGACAUCACUUCAGAAUUUACCAGUUGAUUCUUCUACAAUAUUAGAAUUUCAUCAUUGUCUUCCUUCUGCAAUUGCUAAUAGUCAUUCUGGAGAUCAUAUUUUAAUUCUACCUGGAAAUUACAAAUGCAAAGGAUUAGGUUGGUUUGACGAAAGCAUCACAAUUGAAGGUCUUGGGAAAAAAGAGGACAUAGUUUUGGAAGGAGUGGAUAAUGGGACUAUAUUUAUAAAUGUUGCUGCUCCAGUAGUGUCUCUUUCCAAUUUGACUAUUCUAUCAAGAGAAAAAGUUAUGAGCAUUAUAGUUGUUCACAGCGGACAGUUGAAGCUAUUUGAUUGUAUAAUAGAUGGAAGUAAAGCUAAAAAUUGUUUAAACAUCUUAUCUAGAGCUCAAACUAUUGCUACAGAUUGCAUAUUUAAAAAUUCUAAUGAUGAUGGCAUACAGAUUAACUGUAGUACAACUUUAAUACUUCAGAAAUGUACAGUAAAAGAAUGUGGACAAAGUGGAAUAAAAAUUGAUGGGGAAGAUGUAACUGAUUCAGCAACUAACACUAUUUUCUCAUUAGAAGAAACAAUUAUAAGCAAAAACAGUGGAUAUGGAAUAACUAUAAAUAACUUACUUGGAAAUGCUCCUCCUAAAAAUGAAGACAGUGAUGAUUAUUUACCACUGUUGCAAAGCAUUAAAUGGUUAACAACAUUAAUAGAAAAAAGUGAAAUAAUAGAAAACAGCUUGGGUACAGUUAUACUGUGUAACAUGCAACAUCCUACUUACGAAUUAAUACUGAGUGACAGAAGUCCGGGUCCCUCUUCCGAUGACAUCGUUUCGACUAUGGCCUGGCCUCUAGAUUCUUCCGGCUCCAGUGAAGAAGUAUUCAAUUCUUAAUUACUUAAUUCUUGUUUUAGUACACUUUCAUGCUUAAUGCUUCAAAAUAGCAGAAAUAUUCUUAUGAAAUUGUUAUCUAACAUGUAAAAUUGCUACCGGUAUGUAUUUUAGAAUUAACAGAUUUCUUUAUAU